GAUUGCACCCUUGUCAGGACUGGAUAUUCUUAUUAUAAAGCAAAGAAGAAGAAAUGAAAUAAUUUUUUUCUGAUUGAAAAGCAGAUUUCUCUUAAUAAAGAGGAAAAUUAGUGUUUGUUUAGCCAGAAGAGUGAGAGAAGAUGAGUCAAACGAGACUUUUUUCUUUAAAGAUGAAUGAUGGAUUCUUCAUGCCUAUGCUGGGAUUGGGCACUUCUGCCCCUCCUCAGGUUGCUAAGAGUGAGGUAGAAAAGGCCAUCAAGAGAGCAAUCGACGUAGGCUACCGCCAUAUUGAUUCAGCUUAUACGUACCAAAAUGAAGAAGAAAUUGGGAGAGCCAUCCAGAUGAAGAUUGCAGAUGGCACUGUGAAGAGGGGUGACUUAUUCUACACUACAAAGUUGUGGAGCACCUUUUUCCGUCCAGAAUUGGUCCAAACUUGCCUGGAAAGCUCACUGAGGAAACUUCAACUGAGCUAUGUGGAUCUUUAUCUUAUUCAUUUCCCAAUAGCUAUGAAGCCUGGGGAGGACUUUUUCCCAAAGGACACACAUGGAAACAUCAUUUUUGACACAGUGGAUCUCUGUACCACAUGGGAGGCCCUGGAGAAGUGUAAGGACGCAGGACUGGCCAAGUCCAUUGGGGUGUCCAACUUUAACUGCAAGCAGCUGGAGAUGAUCCUGAACAAGCCAGGGCUCAAGUACAAGCCCGUCUGCAACCAGGUGGAAUGUCACCCUUACCUCAACCAGAGCAAACUGCUGGAGUUCUGCAAGUCCAAGGACAUUCUCCUUGUUGCAUAUGCUACCUUGGGCUCUGACUUAAGGAAAAAAUGGGUGAAAAAGGACAAUCCAGUUCUCCUGCAGGAUCCAGUACUCAACACCAUUGCUGAAAAGCACAGGCGAACUCCAGCCCAGGUCACCCUGCGCUAUCAGCUGCAGAGAGGGGUGGCUGCUCUGGCCAAGAGCUUCAAUGAGAAGAGGCUCAAGGAGAACUUCCAGGUUUUUGAAUUCCAGUUGACCCCAGAGGAUAUGCAAAGUCUAGAUGGACUGAACAGAAACAUGCGCUAUUUUGAAGAAGAUUCACUGUCUCAUCAUCCAAAUUAUCCAUUUCAUGUUGAAUAUUAACAGCAGUGUCUGUGGUUGCUCCAGAGUUCUCAGUUUUGGGUUGAUGACUGGAGGACAUCUCAAGGAUGAGAAUGUACCUGCUUCGUUGCAUGUCACUUAGCCUGAUCAGUCGUGAUAUGGCUGGAGUCCCUGGAGCAGGAAAUAAAAAUCUCUAAACCCAGUCUUUUUCCCCCAAAGUAAAUAAAGAUACAUUUCAAACAAUCCAACCUACUGCUGCUUUGGCUUUUUUGGUUUAUCUGUUUUGUUUUGUUUCCCUGUAUAACUGAGGUUGAAAUGCUGUCAGCCCUGGAAGUGAUCAUAGGAGAUAUGGAUCCCCCAGAAAAAGCUAACCAUAGUAUAUUUUCCAAAUUUUCGAAGUCUGGCUUUUCACCUGUCUGUAGUUCUUGUGUGUUUUUUCCCCUUUUGUUCUGUGAAUUUGCUGCACUAUAUAAUUUUAUGAGACCUUUUAAAGGGAUCUAAAACUUAAUGAAUACACAAUACCCCAAAUGUCCAGAUUUCAAUAAAAAAUUACUCAUUAUACCUAAAACAAGGCAUCAAAUUGAAUUAAAAAAGACAAGCUACAGAUACCCACACCA